AUGGCCGCCGUCGCAACCCGGCCAACUCCCAUACCACUCGGUGGGACAACAGACGCUGGAGCUGUGAACAUGGAACACGUCAAUGGAGGGGCGACUGGCCAACAGCAGCAUGCGGGGCUUGAAGCAAUUGUAAAGGCAAACAACAACGCAAGUCAACCGACUGUACAACAUGCGCAACUGAAACCUGAAGACUUCAAGGUGGUUCGGACGCUGGGGACGGGCACUUUUGCGCGCGUAUGUCUUGUGCGCCCAGCUACUGCCUCGGACGACCAAGAGAACACCCAGGUCUUUGCCCUCAAGAUUCUCCGCAAGACCGAAGUCAUCAAGCUGAAGCAGAUUGACCAUGUGCGGCACGAGCGCGAGAUCCUGGCCGACGUGGCCGGCCACCCUUUCAUCACACGGCUGAUUGCAUCCUUUUCCGACCGCGAUUCACUGUACAUGGUACUGGACUAUGUCCCUGGUGGCGAGCUCUUCAGCUACCUGCGACGACACCGGCGCUUCCCCGAGGAAUGGGCCCGAUUCUACGCUGCCGAGAUUGUCCUGGUAUUAGAAUAUCUUCACGAGCAGCAAGGAGGCGUGGCAUACCGAGACCUCAAGCCCGAGAACCUGCUUCUCGAUGCACAAGGGCACGUCAAACUGGUAGAUUUUGGCUUCGCCAAGCGGUUAGGAUACAAAAACGACAAACCAGUCGAAACGUAUACUCUUUGCGGGACACCUGAAUACCUCGCCCCCGAGGUGAUACAGAACAAAGGACAUACCACGGCCGUUGACUGGUGGGCGUUGGGUAUUCUCAUAUAUGAAUUCCUCACGGGAUAUCCACCGUUUUGGCACCAAAAUCCGAUUGAAAUCUAUAAGCAGAUUGUCGAGAAGCCAGUGGUAUUUCCUGCAGAACCUCCCAUCUCACAUCAUGCACAACAUAUUAUCCGUUCGCUCUGCACAGUCGACCGCUCGCGCCGCUUGGGUAAUAUCAGCGGUGGUUCGUCAGCCGUCAAGCAGCACCCGUUCUUUGAGAACCUCGACUGGCAGGCAUUGUUUGACAGACAAAUUCGACCACCAAUCCAGCCACAAGUUCGAUUUCCCGGAGAUGCCCAAUGUUUUGAUGUAUACCCAGAAGAUGACGGCAAGCGUGAGCCAUAUACCGAUGAACUAUACGAAAAGUACGACAAAUACUUUGAAGGAUUUUGA